UGAUAAACAAUUUGUUUUUUAUUUCGACACAGUAAUACGUGGUGUGAAAAUAUAUUUAGUGCUUUUAGGUAUUACCGUAUAUUUGUAUAAAAUAUUUAUUUAAAAUGAUUGACCGAAAUAAAAUAGUAUUUUCCUUAUUAUUGAUUGUUUCCUAUGCCAAUGCUGAGAAACCAAAAUAUUCACAGGGAGACACAGAUGUGGGAUUUAAGGAAAGCGAUAAAGGCAUACUAUUAACAAUGAAUGAAUACAAUGAAGAAGACAAAACUACAAUUUUGUGUGAUUUUACUUAUGAUGGAGAUAGCAGUAAAUUUAAGAUUAUCAAACUAACACAGGCCGAUGUAGACUUUUAUAUUACUGGAACUAAUCCCUCUUAUCAAAUUGUUACGAAUUCGGCAUACGAUUUUGAAAAAAUAGAGUCAAAAUUACCUUUCACCUUAACUUACCCAGAUGGAAAAACAGAGUUUGUAUUAACAAUUAUAAAUAUAGACGAUGAACCGCCCAGAAUAGAAUGCACUCCGUGUGAUAUGAAUGAAAAUAUGAUAUAUACUGACAGUACAUGUAGCUGCACCUUAUACGAUGAUGACAAAGAAUGGAUCGAUAAAACUGAAUUUGAUUUUGAUUUUAACGACAUCUUUAAAUUUAGCGUUCAAGGUGGAAAAGCUCGUAAUGUUUCGGUUUAUAUAACUACUUUAACGAAAUUGGACUAUGAAAAAAAAAUGAUUUAUAUUUUUAAUGUAGAGUUAAAGGAUACAGGAGGUAAUAAAGGAGAGGGAAAAGUAAUAAUAAACGUUAAAGACAUGGAUGAUCAGGAUCCAAUAUGGGAAGAAGGUUUAACAACUAAACAGUUUAACGAAAAAACGGAACAGGAAUUUUCUAUUAGCGCUCGGGAUGGAGAUUUUGGCAUUAAUAACGAUAUAAAAUUUGAAAUUAUAGAUGAGCAUAAAAAAAGCAUGGUAACAUUGAAAUAUGAUACGUACAACCAAAACACAGUUAUGGUAGAUAAAAUAGACAGAGAUUUAGAUGAUAUAACAGAUUAUAAAUUUAAGUUGAAAGCAAUUGAUGUUAAAAAUGAAUUGAGCUUUAUCACAAGUAAUGUAACUUUUUUUAUUAAUGAUGUUGACGAUCAUUUUCCUAGUAUAACAAUGGAAAAAAACAAAUAAUGAUGAACUAAAAUGUGGAACAACUAAUAAGGUAUUUUUAAUGGACUCCCCAAAAUCUCUUCAAUUAGAAAUUUGCGAAAAACAUGAAGGAGCUUUGCCACUUAGCAUGACUGUUGUAGAUAAAGAUACGGGUGAUAAUGCUUUAUUUGAUUUGAAAUUAGAAGGUAAAUAUGCUACAGCAUUCCAAGUAAUACCAAAUGCAGGAUACAAAACAGCAGAGUUUCAAAUAUUGGUAACGAAUUCCAGUAAAUUAGAUUAUGAAAACCCAGAAUGGAAAAACAUUAACUUUGAGAUUUUAUCAACUGGGCAAAAUACAAUUAAGAAGGAUACAUACAGCUUAAGCAUUACUUUAAAAGAUUGGAAUGACGAAUACCCAAAAUUUGAAGAAGAAAUAUACAAUUUUAAAAUUAAAGAGUCAAUUGCCAAGGGAGAAAUAGUUGGUUCUGUUAAGGCAAUAGAUACAGACGAUGGCGAUGUAAUAACAUAUAAUAUUAUUGGCAACAAUAAAUUGUCAAUAAAUAGUGAUGGCAAGAUAUAUGUAAACGAGGACAACGCAUUUGAUUUUGAUAUUUUGGAAAGCGUAAUAUUCCAAGUUUCCGCUAUUGACAAGGCAUCACAUGUAUCUUCUCCACCAGCGCAAGUUACAAUUAAGAUUAUUGAUGAAAAUAACAAAAAACCUGUGAUUACUGCGAAUGGGGUUAUUAACAUUGAAGAAAAUCAAAAAACAGGUUAUAAGCUGGAUGCAAGUAUAACAGCAAUUAAGACAUUUAAGGAAUCCAAGUUGACAGCCCAUAUAGAUUGGGAAAAAUCUUCGGUUAAAUGGCAUUUUCAAGACAAACCAAUAACAAAAGAAAUGAAAUGUGUGAACCUUAAAAUUACAGAUGAACAUACACCAACGUUAUCCAUGAGCCUUGUUAUGAAUCAGGAUGGCCCAGACUACGAAACUUUUGAUACUAUUAAUUUAUUUAUUGUGGUCACAGAUGAAAAUGUUGAUGAGAAAUUUUUAGAUGCAAAAGAAGCUAGUACCAUAAUUGUUAUAAGCGUUGAAGAUGUUAAUGAUAAUCCUCCAAUUUUCACUGAUGAUACCUUAACGACUAAUCGAACAGUAACAGAAGGUAAUGGCAAAUCAACAUCAGCAGGAGUUAUACAAGCCUCCGAUAAGGAUGUUGAUUCAAAGAUUGUAUAUAGUAUAAGUUCAACAACUGAAUUUGAUUGGAUUGGGGUUGAUCAAAAUACAGGGGCUCUUUCGGUGCUUGAUACAGUUAUUGAUGCUGACACAAAUCAAUUAUAUUAUUUAUAUUACAAUAUAAAAGCAAACGAUGGCUUAUUAGAAGACGAUAAAAAUAUAAAAAUAUAUAUUAUCGAUAAAAACAAUAAGGAACCAACAAUUUUAAAUCUAAAAGAAAAUAAUAUAAUAGCUGUAAAUGAAGAGGAACCCAAAGAUACUACAUUCUUUGAUAUAAGUUAUGAGGAUAAAGAUCGAGAUGAGGCGUACAAAACAGUUAAAUGUGAAAUAACUCAUGAUGACUGCAAAAAAUAUUUUAAAAUUGAUUACAACAAAGGUGUUAAUAAAAUAGCCAUGCAAGAUAAAUAUACUAGAGAAAGUAUUAAUGAAAACCACCCAUGCAGUAUAAGAUGUUAUGAUAAUCCAGACGGUAAUGUUGAUAACCAACAAUCAACCUCUAUUAAAUCUUUUACUAUUACUUUGAUGGAUAUAAACAAUAAUAUACCAAAGAUUCCAAUAUUAAAAUAUGAGGCUAACGAAAAUAUAUUAAAGGAUGGUAUAAUUACAACAAUAGAAGCAAUAGAUCCUGAUAAAGGUGAAAACGGAACUGUUUCAUUUUUAUUAUUAAGUGCCAAAAAAGAUCAAGAAAAUGUUGAUUUAUUUAGUAUUCAUGAAAUAGGGGAUAAUAAGGCAAAUUUAAUAGCAACACAGUCACUUGAAGAUCAAUACGGCGAAUAUACAAUAGAAAUAAAGGUUUCCGAUCAUGGUCAAAGUUUACAAAACAACGAUACAUUUAUUUUGACUUUAACUGUAAACAAAUAUAAUUUUCGACCUCCGCGAUUUAUUUUUCCGGACAGCGCUAUAACUAGAACAUUAAAAGUGGAGCAAAAUGUAAAUGAACCAUUAAAACUUUCCACAACAGAUGACACAUUAGAAGAUAUUGAAGUUAGUUAUUUACCAGACAAGCCAUGUGGAGAUAAAUUUAAAUAUAAAAUUGAAAUUAAAGAUGGCAAUGAAAAGGAUGUAUUUAAACUAAAAACACUUGCAAAUUGUAAAAGUCAACUACAAAUCACAGAAAAAUACAAACAAGAUAAUGAUCAAACAUAUUCUCUUAAAAUAAGUGCAACUCUUGAAGAUUUUUUACCAGACGAACCGAGCGGCACUAGUGAAGCAACUUUAAAAAUUAGGUUUUUCGAAGUAACCGAUCCAUAUUUUAUUGAUACAAGUCCAAUGACAAUUAAGAUGUUUGAAGUACAAAAUGGACAGACAAGUAGCCUAAAUUUUACUGCUACAUAUGGGGAGUCAGACGUUGAUGAAAAAACAGAUAUAUAUUAUUAUAUACUAGAAAAAACCAACAUUACUGAAUUUUUUAAAGUAACAGGGAAUAAAGAAAAUAUUUUAAUUUCGCAAUUAAAAGAUUUACACUACGAAGAAACAUCAGAAUACUCAUUUACAAUUGCAGCUUCUAAAAGUGAUGUCGAACCCAAUAGUAAACUUCCCAAUUCAAAUUUGCCAAUAAAAGUUCAGGUUAUUGACAUAAAUAAUUUUAGACCAAAGUUCCCAACAAAAAAAUUUUUAAAAGCUGUUGUGUAUAAAAUCAAAUCGACGACGGUGGUGCAACUAAACGCCAUGGACAUAGAUACUAUUGCCAAUACUUUGUCCUAUACUAUGGGUAAAAUCGUAACUAACGGAACACAUAUUGAUAAUAUUUUAGAGCCUUUUAAAUUAGAUUCCAAAACUGGCAAUAUCAAUCAAAAUUUUGAUGUAGCCGCCAAUAUGCAAGGUUACUUCUUAUUCGACGUUGUCGUAAAGGAUCAACAAGAUGAUUAUGGUAACGGACCAUGGGAAGACUCCACUAACGUAAAGAUACUUAUACUUGAUGAAACUAACCUGGUUGUGUUUAGAUUCGAUAAUAAUUUAGAUGAUGUGGUCACUGAAGCAGAUCAGAUUAUGGAUAAAAUAUCAGAAACAUUAAAAUAUACAGCGCAAUACACGUCAAUUGACGAGGACAAAGAAUCAAAUUUGAUUUUGGUUUCUGUAUGGCUUAUCGACGGAGACAAUGCUUUAUUAGCAGAAGACAUUUUAAAAAAGAUAGCUGAUGUUCAAGUUUUCAAAGAACUAAAGACCAAACUGCGAUCGUUUAAUAUACAACUUCAAAGUUUCCCAACAGAAACAUAUGUAGAAGACUUGACUAGUGUUUUAAAAACCUGGCUCAUUGGAGUAUCUGUUGUUUUAUCAGCUCUUUGUUUGAUUCUUUUGAUUGCAUUCGUGUUGAAAACAAGACAAUUAUCACAGAGGAUCAAAAAAUUAACGGAUAACAAGUUUGGAUCCACGGAGUCAAAUUUAAAUAGGCUUGGUGUAAAUGCACCAAACACCAAUCAACAUGCAGUCGAAGGAGCAAAUCCUGUCUUUAAAAACGACAAAAAGUCCGAAGAUGAUAUAUAUGACAAAAAGAGCAUAACUAGUGGAGAUUCGGAUUUGAUUGGAAUUGAAGAUAAUGCAGAUUUUGAUUUGGGAAACUUUAAAUCUGAAAGACCAUCGUUUUCAAAUAAUGAAAAUUUGAAUCGAAAAACUGAUGAUGAAUUCGGAGACGAUUUUGAUAUUUAAAUAUUGUUAUAUAAUCGGAUACUUAGUGUAAGAGCAAUUGUAAUUUUUG